AUGUUUGCGCCUCGAUCCACAGUGAUGCCAUCCUCUUCAAAUACAUCUGUAUCCUUUCGGCCGAUUGUGUCCAAUGAGAAUGCCAUGAACACUACAGCCUCUACCAAGCAGGCAGCAUCACUCUCAACUCCUGGCGCCAGCAUGAAGAGGCGAGCCUUUGGUGAUAUUUCCAACAAAAAGCCAUUGGCUUCUGGAUCAAAGUCGAAUGGUGGAAACCAAAACAAUGUUGCCUUGAAAAAGGCAGCCUUCACUCCUAGGUCAAACCUCCAGCAAAAACCCUUGCUUCCCAAGUCCACAUCCAAACAACCUACAUCGUCUAAUAUUCGGAAACCACUAGCAGCAUCCAUGAGUAAUCUUGCUCCCACGAGCGUCACCAAAAAGCCUUCUCAAAAUGCGGUGCUUCCACGAGCGACUAGCACUGCAGUCAACUCGGGAAAGAAGAAGACUGUAGUCUUUGAAACCGUUGAUGAUGUCGAAUUGCCAGCCGGUCGACUAUUCUCCCAACAACUUGAGAACGAGGAAGACGAUAUUACGGAACUUUCGGAUCAAGAAUUCAUUGACAACAUGUGGAGCGACUUCGGAACCUCGUUUCGUAAGCAGUAUAAGGAAGAUUGCUUGAAAGAAGACCAGGAACUCGAUCUCCAAGUGCAACAACAUAUGGACGAUUUCCUUCGAAAGGAAAAAGAAGAGAUGAAAGGAAUCGAUUCUCUUCUCGAUUUGGUGGACGGCAUAGACCUGCUGGAGGACCAGGAGAAUCUGACUGCUUUGGUUGAAGAUGAUGCUGACACUUGGAGUCAACCUGCGUCAUCCGUUUUCGGAGAUGACAUUCUCGAUGAUUCACUUCUCCUCUAG